AUGGACGCGGAUGAUGCCAUCUCCAUUUCAUCGACUGACUCAGUGGACCCGGACGACUACUCGCAGCGACGGGCAAUCCUCGAACCCGCGAUCCGCAAUGUCGUAGAAUCCCUUGGUGGCUUUGAAGGAGGGUCGUACCGAAUGGGAGACGAAGCGUAUGGGUGCCUGAAGGAUCUGAAGAAGUACUGGCGAAAGGACGACACGGAUGACGAGCGCACCGUCGCGCGGAUAUUCUGGGCGACUCAAGUCCUCUCCAACGACCUCAUUCCAAUUUUAUUGGAGACAGCUGGAAAGGGCUACGCUGAAGACAAGCGAGCCAUUGCUUGCGUUGAUCUCAUGACUGCGAUGACAUGGCCAAUCGACCUUGCGGAGGAGCUGAAGGAGCUGGACGACGAGCUGGAUCGCGGGACGGACUACACUGAGCUCCUCCACAGCCAUCUCAACUACAAAUCUGCACUCCUCGCCCCUGGCGUCCUGAAAUCCAUAUUUAACAUCAUGCUCCCAUGCCUGUCGAAGGACAAGCGAGAACGAAAGGAGCGGGACGUCCAGAUCAUCAAUGUCGUGCUCCACCUCGUGCGGAAUCUAGCAUUCAUCAAGGACUUGCCGGUCAACAUCCAUCUCAGCUCAGACCAGGCGGACUUCUCGAGCUUACAAGGCAAACUCAUCAAGACCCUAUCGGAAACGCAUUAUCUCGACCUGCUGCUGACCGUCGCUUCCAAUGCGGACACAGAUGUCAUGUUCAAUGGCUGGAACACUCUGGUCCUGGAAAUUUUUUACCUGCUGUUCCGAGGCGUCAAACCUACCACCCUGAUCAUAGAGCAGACCACGCAAGUCACCAAAAAUUUACACAGUCUUCUCUCCAUUGAAGACAAACGCCGUCGCGACUUUGCGCGCCACGCGCCUUCUCGACACUCUCGUUUUGGGACCACCAUCUCCGUCAAAUUAAAUCCUAAGAAAAGCACAGCCCCCCCUAAACCCACAAACGAAGCCGAAGCAGGCGAGCCAGCUCCGCCCGCGGCAGCCUCGUCGUCUUCGUCUUCGCAGCCACUUGUUCUCCAUCGGCAGCAGGCCUUGAAUAAGGAAGCAGGGACUAUCAUCGACCUUGUGAAGCGCCAGAAGACACAGAAGGGAAAAAAGAUAGACGAUCUGGGACGAGACGACAAUCUGUCUACGGGAGCUAAGACGGUCCUACAGGGCCUCGCAAGAACGUUUAUCGAGUCUUGUUUUAAUCCGUUUCUCGCAUCGCUUCUCAAGGACAUCAAGUCCGAGAGACCAAAGAUCACAGACAAGGACAACCUUCGCCUGCUCUACGUUACGAAAUGGUUCCUCGAGUUCUUCCUCGCGGCUAGAGCGAACGAUAAGGGGAACGACAAGCGGUGGGAGUUUGGGCUUGUCGGAGAAGUCAUUGAACGAGGUUGGAUAGUGUGGGUCCUCAAGCGGAUGCGCGGCGCGGUCGAAGAGAAGGUGCGCCACCGCCUUCUUCGGUCUAGGCUCCAUUUCGAUCGACUCGUCUCUUCUAUCUAUGACGUUUUCCUUUCGUUCAGACCGAAACUUUGGACCGAGCUGCAGGCAGGCAUGGAGUGCCUGACGCACUUGCUCGUGCUGAUCGAGUCCAUGUCUUCAUCAUCCGAGUCGGCUUCGGCUUCGGGAAGCGUGUCCUCGUUGCAGGAGGCCGCAGAGCUGCUGCAACAGCAGCUAAUCUACAACGGCGAGGCUAUCGACGCCGCGCUGGACGGACUGAGGACGUACGCGGAGGGCAGGCAGACGAUUUCAUUUCUGCAUGCCGGCGUGAAUCUCGCUUACCGGCUCAUGAAGAUGCUAGAGCAGUGGGGGAAGAAGAAAGGCGGAGGAGCAUACGUGAGGAAGAGGGCGAAGCCCAAGCAGAAGCGGAAGACGACGGGUCGAGGAACAAGAGACGAGGAAGGCGUUCCCGACGUGGAAGAAGAAGAAGAGGCGCCAGCCGAGGAAGAGGAGUUCAUCCACGAAACGAUGUUCACAUUUGAGGCUUUUGAGAUGAAAUUCGCGAAUCCUGACAUCACGACGUCGCUGCUGACGUAUCUGGGUCGGUACGAUGAAUUCGAGUCCUCAGAAAACAUGAGGCGGGUCGUCAGCUUAAUCCAUCGGCAGGUCGUCCGUGCCAAAGCCGAGGGUCUCUAUUUCCAAGUAUCCACGCUAGAGCUAUUCAAGUCCAUCCUGGCGAACCAGAAAUCCCUGCCGAAAGAACAACCGUACAAAGACCUCGUCACCUUGAUCAACUACAUCCUCCGCCAGUUCUUCAAGGCCGUCGAGGAGGACCCGUUCGUGCUGGUAGAGGCCUUCUUCCCGAAGAACCGGGGGCGAUGGAAGAGAUUGUCCAGCUGGGAACCGGAGCCCAAGUCGAAGAAGACUCGCGCAUCCGCAGAGGACGCGCGUUUCCCGCCUGACGUGCAGGUGAAGAAGGGCUAUACUUGGAGCGAGCAGCUGGCCAUCGCCAUGGCGGCGCUGCAGGAAAAUGGGGACGGCGGGCUCAUCGAAUGGGUCAAAGACAUACUCUCCAUGGUCAUCGCGCACCGCCAACGAAUCAUCGAAGACACCGACGGCGCAGAACCGGACCAGAACGCUGUCGCGGCGGACAUGGACGACGAGGGGCUCAAGGCCAAGCUGUUGGCCAAGGGCCCCUCGAGCGAGGCCCUCUCGAAAAUGACGGAUUACGCGAUACCCUACAUCAGCGAUGAGCAAGCAGACGCGGCGACGAAAAACCCGCAGCUGAAACUGAUGUUCCGUCUGGCCAAUUUCUACACCGUCGAUGAAGGCCGACGUCGCCCUCCGAUCUCCUCGUAUGCUGAUCCCACCCCCGCCGGGCCUCCGCGCCCGCGCACAGACGCCCGCCCGCUCGAGUGGUACAUCCCCGCCGGGAUCCUGCUCUCCGACCUCGCGCGGACCCUCGCCGUGAUCGCGCAGUUCCAGCACGCGCCGCUCGACCUCGGCGGAAAGCGCGCGGCGCAGCUCCUGGGCAAGAAGACGCGUCGCCGGCGCCGGCUCCGGCGCGACGGCAGCCCGAGCUCCGCGAGCGGAGGCGACGGCGACGACGACGACGACGACGACGAGCCGAAGAAGAGGAAGCGCGAAAGGAAGAUGAAGGAGAAGGAGGUGUACAAGUCCGCGCAGUUCAUCGAGGACAGCGACGACGAGUUCUCCAAGGGCAUCGACGAGUUCUUCGAGCGCGAGCGCGCGCUGCGGGAGCGCACCGCGCUCGCGGCGGCGAACAGCACGCUCGGGAUCGGGACGAUGAAGAAGGCGGGCACGAAGCGGCGGCGGAAGCCGGUCGGCGGGGGCGCUGCGAAACGGCGCAAGGCGAGUGGAGGCGCGGGCAGCAGCGACGCGGGCGACGAGCGAGCCGGGCCCUCCACGUCCCGCUCGCGCUCCCCCUCGCACGCCACCCCGCCGCCCCCCGCCGCCGCGACCGCCCCGCCCGUGCCCCCACGCGCGCGCCCUCGGCCUCGGGCCAGGCCCAAGCCCAAGCCCAAGUCCACACCUGCGCCCAUGCCCAUGCCCGUGCCCCGAACAGCCGGAUCGUCGGACGGCAACGCCGCUAGCGACCGGACGGGCACGCCGCAGCCAUCACCGCCGCCCCUGCCACGCUCGUCGGCGGACGCGCCAUCGUCCCCAUCCCUACCCCCAUCCCCACCAGCGCCAGCGCGAGCGUCGAAUUCAAUAUCAAAAUCCGCAGCCGAGGGAGCCCGCGCCGCGCGCGCGCGCGACGCGACGUCCGACUUUGAGGUCCGCGCGCGGGAUUUGGGGCGCGGCGGCGGCGCGGCGGAGAUUGGGGUCGAUGCCGAUGCCGAGGGGGAGCCGCUGGUAGGUUCGGUUUCGGGUUCAGGCUCGGGCUCGGGCUUGGGCUCGGGCUCGGGAUCAGGCUCGGGAUCGGAAUCGGAAUCAGGCUCUGGGGGCGCGGGCGCGGGCGCAGCGGGUGGUACGGGUGGUGCAGCAGGUGGGAGGCUCGGAGGCCCGGGACCGCGCGCUUCGAGGCGGGGGCGGAAGGGCCGGGGGCGAAUGAUCGUCUCGGACGAGGAGUGA